AGAGACACGGCACCGCUCUGUGCAGGUGUGAAUGCUACACAGUUAGCCACCUUGUUUAUUAUCACUUGUCUGAGGGAAAACAGUCCAUUCAUUUCCAUUUUCAGUCAGGCUUUGUGUCAGUGAAGGAACUGAAGCCGCAGUGGCGCUGCUCGGUCAACGAGCUCGAGCUAGGGGAAGCUAGCGCCACCAAGCAGCCACACCACCAAGAUGGACGUUACUGUUGCUGCUGCUGCUGCUACAGCUUCUGCGACGACCACAGAGGAGGAAGCUGGAAACAAUCCGCCCGAUGGACACCGAGCGUCGGAAAACGAUGUCCAACCCCCAACGGAGGACACAGCAAAUGACAUGGUUGGGGUUUUCUGCUGUCAGGAUUGUGAAGAAACCUUCCGAGAGGAGCCUGCCUACUUGGAGCAUCGCCAGCAGCACCUACAAGAAAACAUGAAUUUAGAUGACCAGUUGGAUGGAUUAAGCAAUGGAGAAAAAGACAAAGGAGCAGCUAAUUUUUGUAGUUCAUGUUCACUGUCAUUUGUUGAACCAAGUGAAUUCGACUCGCACAUGGAGAAGAACCAUGGACAAACAUCCCAAAAGGAGUCUGGUGUUCAGACAAAAUCUGGCACAACGAAGCCACAAGCCUAUGAAUGUCCAGACUGUGGGAAAUGUUAUACGUGGCGUGGACACUUUCUCAACCAUCAGCGUAUACACUUACAAGCCUCCAAAUCAGUUUUACGUGAGCUUGAAGAUUUGAAAAAAAAGCCUUUUAAGUGUGAGACUUGUGGUCGGAGUUAUUCCCGUGCUUCAGCUCUCGAUGCACAUCGUCGUUGUCAUGAGGAAAAGAUAUUCAAGUCACGAAACAGGAAGUCAGGAGAUUCAUUACACACGGAGGAGUCGAACAUUGAAGCCAAGCUUCCUAAAAAUAAGGCAGACAAUGCACCUAAAAAAACUUUUCAGUGUCCUUGUGGUAAAGCCUUUCCAGCUUCAUCGCACCUGAAGGCUCAUCAGCGAUUUAGCCGCAAAAGUCAAUGCUCCACAGAUGAAGUCAAGCCGAAACCAAAGAAGAUCUGUGGUGAGUUUCGUUGCAGUAGGUGUGAAAAGACUUUCACUGGCCACAUCGCCCUCUUCAACCAUCAACGAUGGCAUGACAAUCACACAAAAGACUCUGCAAAAAGGUUUCCAUGUGAGCAAUGUGGGAAAGACUUUAUGACACUGGCGUUCUACUAUAGGCAUCAGCGUAUGGCGCACAGUGACCAGGCCCCGGCAAAAUCAUUCCUCCAUCAAGUUUGUCAGCUACAGAAGAAGGCAUUUGAAUGUAAGGAAUGUGGGCUUAAGUUUUCCAGGGCCUCAGCACUUCAGUCUCAUCAGCUCCACCACACGGAGGUUUUUAGACAAACCGAGACGGGGAUCAGUAUACACACUGCUCCUCUAUCUCAACAUAAAGAAUUGGAAAGUGAAGGAAAAUACACUGAGAACAUGGAGCUAAAUGUGGAAUCAGAGAGGCUGCUUCCCACCAGUAUUGCUGCAGAAGACUCUCAAAGAAAUGAGAGUGAUGAAGACAUGGAGAGUUAUGAGCCUGGGGACUUUAAUGUUCAGGUGAUCAGUGCAAGUGAAUCUGAGGACGAGUCUGUCGAAGACCACAAUCCUGAUCUGGAGCUCCUGUGUGAAUCGGAUCAGGAAUUAAGAGACGACGGUGACGCAGAACCUUCCUCCAGUGGUCUCGUUUCCAAACCGGAAAUGGACUUGAAAAUUGUACAAGUCGACUUCGAGCAGGCAGAAGAGCAGUGUGCACUGGUAGCGAGCAUGGCCGAGAAUGACCCCACAGAGAAAAGAUUUAGUUGUCCAGACUGUUACCGUUGGUUUGCUAGUGCCUCAUCACUGCGCGUUCACAGAAUGUGGCAUGGCAUUCAUAAAAGACGCCAAACUCAAGGUCAGUCAGCGGCAGUUUGCACAUCUGACACAUGCGGCCAUGACGGCAGCAGCUACGCAGCACACUGCAGUCACACACAACAACACAAGAUACAAAACACAAGCAACAUUGAAUUGGAUCAGGGAGACGGGUUAGAGAACACAAACCUGACUUGCAAUCAGUGUGGUAAAUGCUUCUCACAUUUGUCUGCUUUAGUCUCUCAUCAGUUAAAUCAUCCCAAAAGAAAACAAUUCCAAUGUCCAGAGUGUAUGAUGACUUACUUGCAUGCAGCUAGCUUGUUUAACCAUAUGAAAAACUGCUCCUCUCAAAAGAAAGAAAAUACAAAGAGAGAAUACAAUCCAAAGAAGACUCUUCUAGGCCCAAAGAUUUAUCAUUGCGAGCAGUGUGGGAAGGGUUUUUGGUCUUUAGGAGCCUAUUCACACCACCAGCAAAAUCAGACAGAAUGUUCAGAAUUGAGGCAAAAAAAAGGUGAGGGGGGAUCUUCGCGCUCUUUUAAUGGCCGCCCACGCUCUAGUGUUAAGGUUGCAUGUCCAGUGUGUGGUAGGAAGUUUCGUCACAAGGGCAUUAUGGCGUUGCACAUGCGAAAACACGAAAAUGGAAAUCAUAAAUGUGAACUCUGCAACAGGUCGUUCCGUCUUUUUUCCAGCCUCCUCAGACACCAGGUUGUUCAUAAUGACCAGUUACUCCCACCACCCAUUAAGUCUUUUCAGCAUCAGGUGGAGCAGUUGAAAAAAAACACAUACAGCUGUCCUGACUGUGGGAAGCUGUUUUCGAGAGCCAAAGCGCUUCAGUUCCAUAUGAAAAGCCACGGGUACGAGACUGGGCACUCCCAGCCGUCACCCAGAUCUAACGUAAAGCUGGAAGAUCUCCAGUGUCCCACAUGCCUCUCACAUUUCAACAGCAAGGCCUCUUUACGAGCUCAUAAAAAACUUUGCAUUAAAAGGGACAGCGGAGCAAUUGAUUGUAAGAUAGAGCCCGUAGAAAAUGUUUAUACUCCCAAGGAUAGUCUGGAUGUCGGUACACAGAAAAUCUCUGAUCAGGCAACAUUUAUUUCUGAAGUAAAGAAAGAAAUGGACAGUGGGGAGCGAAAGAUGGAAGAUCCAAUGGGAAAAACUGAUCUGAAAUACAAAUGCAAUAAAUGUGACCGAAGCUUUUCUGUGGUCGGAGCUUUGAAUCUUCAUAAAAGAGUUCAUGCUGAUGGUUACAGAAGGAUAGCAAAAGCUAAAUUGGCCAUACAUACGAAACCCAAACAGGAAGAGGCCAGUAAAGGUCUGUUUCACUGCUCAGAAUGUGGGAGGCGCUUCAUGUCUAACUCUGCCCUCGGCGCCCACAAACGUUGGCACAAAGGAAAGAUGUUUUCACUGUCUUUUCUCAAAGAGGAUGAUUUGAAGUCUGUCAGGUUAAAGGCGGAGGAGGGACCUUUUCAGUGCAACAUGUGUGGCAAACAGUUUUUUAACCGCUUUGUUCUCCAGCGCCACCAAAUGUUUAAUCCUCGGUGUCAAACCAAAUUUCAAACACAGCCCGAUUCAAGUAAAAAUGCAGAGAGCAGCAGCUCACUGGAAAAGUUCUCAUGUCCUGAAUGUAACGAGACAUUUGUGCAAGGUUCGCUCCUGGCUGCCCACUAUGAAAAUGAGCACAGUAAACUCUUGGAGGCUGCAGAUCCUGAAGGAGAUGGAAUUGUCUUAGUAGACUGCGUUUCAGCACAGAUUGAUAUCAGUCGCAAUGGGAGUGAGUUCACGCCAUCGACCACAAAGGGAAAAACUUACCAGUGUUCAAUCUGUUCUAUGACCUUUGCCAAAGCAAGAGGUCUGCACGCCCACAAAUGGCAGGCCCACCUAAAGAGAACAAAAGGCAAACAUACAUUUCCUUUGAGUACAAAAAUGGAUUCCAUUGCCACGAGCAGUGAGGAAGAUUCAUCAUCUGUAGACAACAGUACAGUGGUGAGCAGUCAUCAUCCUGCGAGGAAAAAUAGCCCUGUUGGCACAGAAAAGAUCAUCAUAUCUGCCUCUAUACCUGUGAAAUCUGUCAUAUGUCUGGACUGCGGGAAAGAGUGCAGAUCUGCACACCAUAAGAAAGAAUGCAUGGAUGUUAAGCAUGAGUUUAGAUCAGAAGUCCAGACUCCAGAAUCCACCACUGACAUUUCCUCGCCACCCGGGGCUCUGUUCGAGCAAUCAGUCAAAUGCCUCUUCAAGUGCGAUAAGUGUGGGAAAGCUUUUCAGACAAUGGAACAGUUAGGAACCCAUAAGACCAAGGCAAAGAGUCGGCCUUUUUGCUGCGCUCUGUGCUGCCAUGCCUUUUGGACUGAGAAUCAGCUGCAUCAGCACCUCACCUGGCACGAUGAAGUCCGCUACCGUCUCCCGAAUGAGGUCCGCUACAGGCUCAGCGCUGCUAUGACUCCAAAGCCUCUAAAAGCCACCAAGUCCCUCCCUUCUACACUGAACCAACCUACGCUUAACCCAGACAUCCAGUCUCAAAGUAGCCAUAAGUGCCAACACUGUGGGAAAGCCUUUCUUUCACCAGCUGCAUUACAAAAACAUGAAACUCAGCACUGUAACAGAGACUUGUAUCAUUGCUCCAUUUGCCCCAGGACCUUCAGUGCAAUACAGGACCUUAUUGAUCAUCACCAGGAAUGUAUUGGUGAUUACAUAGGGCAGAGUGAAGCCCCCGCUGCGGGCUCAUCAGGAGAUACCCAUGGUCUUACUUGCCUGGAAUGUGGAACUACUUUUAGUCAAGAAACUGAUUUGCACCAGCACUAUAGUGAACAUACCCGUGGAGUGUAUUAGAUUAGACAAAUGGAAAAGAUCUGAAUUGACGACACUAGAUUGUAGAUAUUUGUUUUUCUUAAGAUAGAAUUAUUUGUUGGACAUAUUAGUGUAGCUAAAGUAGAUGUGUUUUCUCUAUUUGUUCAGAUAUUAUUUGAAAUUCUUUGUAUUUAAAAAAGCAGCUGCUUAGGUUAUUUUCUGGUUCUCGGGAUUACUAGACUAGUAUUUCAAAUGUAAAAAAAAACCUCUGAACUUACAUUGCGAUGUCUCAAUUGUGUUUAUGUAUUUGGAGACACUUGAUUCUGAAGGUCCUACCUAGAUAAAUUGAAGAAGAAAAAGAUUAAGAGAUUUCUGCUUGUACGUUUCUGUCCUCUUGCAUUUAAGAUUCACAGAAAAAAGAAAAAUGCUGUUGACGCACUAUUUACUGCAAAUUUCUCCUACUUUGCUGCUGUCAUUUGAACACCUGAGGUUUGGCUAUUUGCAAAUGUCAGAUAAAGAAAUCAAUGUGCAACGUUUACUUGAAUCUGUUAAAGACGUUCUGAUGUUGGACAUUACAGCCAGUUACUACCGUAAAGCAUAAUGUCCAAUGCAGUUUGCAUUAAUCGAUUCAUUUUUGUGCUCGUCAGUGUUUCUAUUUUGUGGAAAGACUACUCAUUUAACUACAGUAGUGCUUUUGUCGAUGUAGGAUAGUUGUUAGUUCACUGUAGCAUUUGUGUCGUGGCAAAACUAUUUGUAUUGUACAAGAGACGUUCCUUUGCUAUAUUAACUUAUGAAAAUGUAGAUGACAGUAUACUCUUCGACUCCAUGUCCUGCCAGUACUGAAUCUAGGAAGAAAAAGAUCUCUGAAAAGUCACAAAAUAAAUUAAUCGAUAUUUGUGAAUUAUUGACUGUGUGAUUAAUCCAGCCUCAGUUUAGUCAUUCUGCAUGUGUGUUGAUUUGUCAGUCUGGUUUGUGCUCGUCUUCUGACUCAUUCAUCGUAGGUGUUAAUUGGUGACACUGUGUGAGUUUACUUUGUCUAGUGUGGCAGUAUUAAGGUUGAAAAUGAACUUGGUCACGAAUUACAACCUAAUCAGAAAGUACAGAAUACUUUUAGCUCCACUUUUAGUGACAAUUAAAACAUACAUUUAUUCAUCACUGAAGAACAGCAGAACUCCUCAUACCAAUAUGAUCUGGUGCAUUAAAUAUGGAUGUUAGUUAUAUUACUACUGUAACAGUAAUAUCAAACGUGUCCCUGUUCUAGCUGGAUAAAUCUGUAGAGUAUCUGCUUUUCUCUUUUCUCUAACGUAACGUUAAUGUAUAAGGGUUUGUGACUGAGCGCUAGACAAAGCCUCUAGACACAUUUUUACACAUGAAAUUUUAAACAAUUUGAAAAAACAAGAGAUUGAUAAAGAUAAGAUACUACCAAACAGAGGUAGCACCUUUAUAGUUUCAUUUUCUUUUCUGGAGAUAACAUGGAGACGUUCUGAUCAGCCGUGAACGAAGAACAGAGCCACAACUCAGACUCAGUUUAGUUUCACCUGCCUCAACCUAACAUUGGUAACUUAAAUAAUCACCAGACUUUCUAGCAAACUGCAGCAUAUCAGGCGUAACAUCAAAGAACAACCUUGACGCAUAUGAUGAACAGGGUCAUCUGAUAUUUUAGUUUGUUAGAAAAGUUUGAAGUUAACAUUGUUAAGAUUUGUUUUUUUUAAUUAUUAUUUAAAUCAUCAUUCUCUAUUUUUCUUCUUUUGUAGACAAGUGCAGCAUUGACUGUGAGGAAUGUGGAUUGCAGUUUACGGACUCAGAAGUGUUCAAGACUCACCUGCACCAGCAUUCCCUGGAGGAUGAGGAGGAGGAGGAGGAUGAUGAGGAGGAAGCUCUGAAACCAGACAACGGCAACCCUGCAGCCAAACCGCCUCCUGGGAGAGAAAUCAAAUGUGAAAACCGUGAUGAAGAUGAUGAAGAGAUGGAUGGUGCUGACAAUGGGUGCGACACAAGCAGCUCAUCAUCAACAAAAAAUUCGGAUGUAGCUCAAAGUGCUGAAGAGGACUCGUCGUUUAACAAAGGUCGAGACGGGUACUGUUGUGAUUUCUGUGGGAAGCUUUACACAUACUUGGUUUCAUACAAAAAACACCUCCUGCAGCAUGACAAGAAGUCUACACCAAAACCGACUGUCCUGACGUUGAGUAAAUACCAGUGCUCAUACUGCGAUAUGUCGUUCCACAGGAGGACACGGCUACGCAGUCAUCUGAAAGUCCACGCAUUACGCAAACGUUCCAAAAGAGAACCUUACAGAUGUGACCAGUGCAACAACGUCUUCUUUUGUCCAAAAUUAUUGCUGCGUCACAUGGAUGUCCACAAAAAGAAACCAUUUUGGUGUUUGAGUUGUGCCAUCGGAUUCACAGACGAAUUGUCACUAGAUAAACACCUGCAGAAUCACAGUCGGAGGCAACACAAGUGUGACGUUUGCCAGAGGAGGUUCCAGAUGUCCUCUGAGCUCCUGAAUCACUCCAAAACCCACACUGGAGCAAAGCCGCACAUGUGCUCAUUGUGUGGGAAGGGUUUUUCCUACAAGCCAAACCUAAUUAGACAUCAAAAGGAGCACUUUUGGAGUUACUUCGGGCCAGAUGGAAGUUCUCCGCUUAUCAAGAAUUCUGAAAUGAAGAGACCCGCUCCUAGCAGUGGCACAGGGGAGCUGCUCGAGAAGGACAAAAUAAAGCAGCAAAAUGAAACUCAGAAGCCAAGCGAGGAUGCUGAUGAGGCAAGCUCUGAAGAGUCAGACUGCGGAGAGCCUUUACAUUACUUAUCUGGCACGGCUGACCCACUCGAUUGGUCGAACACAGACAGUCCGCAACCACAGGAAGGACAAGAGACAAAUGUGCACCGAGUGCAUAAAUACUGGGAAUGGGAGUGUGUUGAAUGUGACAUGGGCUUUGAUGAUGUGGCAAAGCUGCAUUCCCAUUAUGUAAAACAUGCUACAGGGGAGCUGCCAUUUCCACAGUUUGAUGUUGAGGGAUGAAGACUCACAGUGGAUUCCUUCUUACUCCUGAUAAUCUGACACCAGGUUACUUAUUUGCUUUUCCGUACAUUUAAUUUGAGCUAAGACAGAUCGCUCCUGUAAAAAUGUCUACUAUGAUUUGAAUUAUUUUAACUCUAAUAUCACACACUGUCACUGUGAUAUUCUACAUUAAGGGCAAAUAUCCUUGGGGAGAUUAGCUGAUUAUCUACAACAACCUCAACUGUCUGAUGCUAUGAGAUUAUGUUGCAGGUUUUCAGUGUAUAUUUUUGAUAUGUAGACUGAUGAAAGCUGAUAAACGAAAAGCUAAACAUUGGGUUAGAGAGUUAGAACAUAUACAACUUUUGUAAAGCUACCACAUUCUUCCUCUAAAAUGAAAUAAAUUGGAAUAUAUAUACAAAUGUC